AUGUCCAACAGCAGCUCCAUCACCCACUUCCUCCUCCUGGCAUUUGCAGACAGACGGGAGCUGCAGCUCCUGCACUUCUGGCUCUUCCUGGGCAUCUACCUGUCUACCCUCCUGGGAAACGGCCUCAUCAUCACCACCAUCGCCUGCGACCACCAUCUCCACACCCCCAUGUACUUCUUCCUCCUCAACCUCUCCCUCCUCGACCUCGGCUCCAUCUCCACCAUUCUCCCCAAAGCCAUGGCCAAUUCCCUCUGGGACACCAGGGGCAUCUCCUAUGCAGGAUGUGCUGCCCAGAUCUUUUUAUUUAUUUUCUUCAUUGCAGCAGAGUUUUCUCUUCUCACCAUCAUGGCCUAUGACCGCUACGUUGCCAUCUGCCAACCCCUGCACUACGGGACCCUCCUGGGCAGCAGAGCUUGUGUCCACAUGGCAGCAGCUGCCUGGGGCACUGGGUUGCUCUAUUCUCUCCUGCACACUGCCAACACAUUUUCCCUACCACUCUGCAGAGGCAAUGCUGUGGACCAGUUCUUCUGUGAAAUCCCCAAGAUCCUCAAGCUCUCCUGCUCUGACUCCUACCACAGGGAAGCUGAGCUUCUUGUGUUUAGUGCCUGUUUAGCACUUGGAUGUUUUGUUUUCAUAGUGCUGUCUUAUGUGGAGAUCUUCAGGGCCGUGCUGAGGAUCCCUUCUAAGCAGGGACAGCACAAAUCUUUUUCUACAUGCCUCCCUCACCUGACCGUGGUCUUCCUGUUAAUCAGCACUUCAUUUUUUGCUUACCUGAAACCCCCCUCCAUCUCCUCCCCAUCCCUGGACCUGGUGGUGUCCGUUCUGUACUCGGUGGUGCCUCCAGCAGUGAACCCCCUCAUCUACAGCAUGAGGAACCAGGACAUCAAGGAUGCACUCAAGAAACUGAUUCAGUCAAUUGGCUUUCAUCAGGAAUGA